AUGGGCUUGUCGGGCACCGGCCUCGUCGCCUACACCACCUUCAGCUACAUGACCCUGUCCCGUAACGCCGAGAUCGUCCAGCCCCUCCCGGAGGACUUCGACCCGGUGCAGCGCUACGACGCGCAGGCGCGCACGUUCGACAGCGAGGUCAAGUGGCAGGAGUACUUCUGGGGCAUCUCGACGCUGCGGCGGCGGAUGACGAGCGAGGCGAGCGGACACGUGCUGGAGUCAGCGGCGGGGACGGGAAGGAACGCGGGGUAUUUUGAGGAGCGGAAUUGCAAGAGCAUCACGUUUAUGGAUCCAAGCGGGCCGAUGUUGGAGGUGGCGCGGAAGAAGUGGGAGGAUAGUCAUCGGUUUUCGAAGGAGGAGAAGCGGGUCCCGGUGCGGUGGCUGGAGGAGAGCACGACGGGGGAGGUGCCGAUGCCAGAGGGACAGCCCGUAGGGUACGAUGUGGUGAUCCAAACCAUGGGGCUGUGCUCGACGGAGGAUCCGGUCGAGAUGUUGAAGAGUCUGGGGAGAUUGGGGCGGCCGGGUGGGAGGAUUCUGCUGUUGGAUCAUGGGCGCUUUCACUACGAUACGAUGAACAAGGCUCUGGAUGGGAGCGCGACGGAUCAUGCGAAGAAGUAUGGAUGCUGGUGGAACCGGGAUAUUGAGGCCAUUGUGCGGGAGAGCGGGUUGGAGGUGGUGGAGCAGAGGAGGCAUGCACUAGGGACGAUGUACGAGUUUGAACUGAAGCCAUUCUCACGCGAGGAUAGACAAAAGAUGGAAGCCACAGAGGCGAAGUCGUUGCGAGCGACCACAAGCAGUCCUCCAAAGCCUAAAGAGACGAAAUCGGCGUAUUCUUGGUGGUGGCGGUCAUAG